AUGGGCCCAACCGUCCUCGAAACAGCAGCCAACGCCGUCCAGGCCCGGACCCGCAUCGGCCCUCACAUCUACCAGACGCCCCUACUACCCGCAAAGACGACCGGCAAGGCCCAGGGUGCCACGGUCCUCUUCAAGACCGAGAACUUCCAGCUGACGGGCUCCUUCAAGGUCCGUGGCGCCACGGCCAAGAUCUCGGCGCACCCGGCCGACGGCACGCCCCUGAUCGCCGCCUCGACCGGCAACUUCGGCAUCGGCUGCGCCUUGGCGGCCAGCAAGCUCGGCCGCCGGCUCACCGUCGUGGUGCCCGAGAACGUCCAGCCCGCCAAGCUCGCCAAGAUCCGGGCCUACGGCGGCGUCGACGUGAUCAUGCACGGCGCCGAGUGCGGCGCGUCGGAGCGGCACGCGCGGGGCCUCGCCGCGUCGGGCGAGUACGUCUACGUCUCGCCGUACAACGACCCGGACGUCGCGGCAGGGCAGGGCACGACCGGUCUCGAGAUCCUCGAGCAGUGCCCCCAGGUAGACAACAUCUUCAUCUCCAUGGGCGGCGGCGGGCUCAUCAGCGGCAUCGGGUCAGUCGUCAAGGCGUUCAACCCGCGGACCAAGAUCUACGGCGUGUCGACGGCCAACACGCAGGCACUCGCGGCGUCGAUGGCCGCCGGUCGCGUCGUCGAGACGGAGCACCUCGAGACGCUGGCUGAUGCUGUGGCUGGCGGUAUGGACGAGGACUCGAUCACGCUGCCACUUGCUAUGGAGGUGGUAGACGAGGUCCUGGUUUGUAAAGAGGAGGAGAUUGCAACGGCACUACGGUCGCUUGCCUUGGAGGAGGGCAUGAUGGUGGAGGGUUCUGCGGCUCUUGCUCUUGCUGGUUUCAAUUGUGUCGUACAGAAGCUCGUCGGCCAGACUAGUGUUAUUCUGUUAUGCGGAGGAAACUUUGACCAGGACGUGAUAAUGCGCACAGUGAUACAGACCUCGGCUUCCGGGGGAGGGCCAUGA